AUGGUAUGCAUGAGUGCAAGGCAAGCACGUGAGGCGAGUGCACGAGGCAAUGUGGGUGCGUGUAUACGUGAAGGCUUGAUGAGUGUGAGGAAGACAGCGCCGGCCUAUGGGUGUGGAAGCACCUGCCGCACAUUAGCUCGGUGUGAUGCCGAGCACCUG